AUGAAUGAAACAUCACACGAAGAAGAACGCGUAGAUUUCGGUUUCUCGUUUGGAUUGGUUCAAUUGUUUAUUUCGUGAUCUUGUUCCCAAAAAUGUCCAUUUCUAAGCGAUAAUUUCGUGCCAAAAACAUUGCUAAAAUGUAUAACAGAUGUUCUAUCCCAUUAUUUUGAAAAAGAUUGGCGAAAUUUCGUGCGCCUAGCGUGAUUUACGAGAAAAAUCAAGUGACUUCAAUUCGUCUACUAGCAAGGAACGGGUCAGCAGCAUUAAAAGCGUAACUUUCUCAUUGCGUUCGUAUAGUCGCGGAUUGCAUCGGUGUGUGUGUUUGCUGUGCGAUCUAAUAAGAAAACAUUUGCAGUUGACGGUGCGUUACCCGUUGGGUAUUAGAAAAAAAUAAUACAUUCCAAUUACUGUUGGAAUGCUGAGAUUUCAGAAAUUGAGAUUAUCAAACCAGUUUUGCUGUUUUAUAAAUAAAUACAACAAAUAGUGCAAGUUUAAUCGAGUCGAAUGACAUUAAAAUUAAGAAAGGAAAUUCAUAGUUUAUUAAACCGCGUAUAAUGACAGCUUUCUAGUUAAAAGACUUGCCGGAGUGUGAGUGGUAAAUACCGCAUACAAGUUUCACACACGAAUAGUGGAAAGGAAUGCAGACAUCGCAGAGCAACAACAUUCAGCGAAUUAACAACUGAACGUUCGAAGAUCACCCGCGGCAAGAGCUGGAGUGUUGUGUGCCGAGCGAAGGAUGCAAAUUGUAAAUGCAACCAACAACGGCCGAGUGGUGAAAUGAUUUUGGCAUCGUUAAAUAUUUUCGAUUUUCCUCGUUUCGCGAGGAACUACAUUAUCAUUGGUGUUGACUGGUUUUCAAGUUUUUAGAUUUUCACUCGGCGUAACAAUGCAUGGUCAUCGGAGAAGAAAGAAGCGACCGAAUUACGGUAUUCGGUCGGUGGAGGUCAAUCGAGGACUGAACGGAUUUGGAUUUACGAUAUCUGGCCAGCAACCCUGUAUACUGUCUUGCAUCGUGGCCAAUUCUCCGGCCGAUAUGGCUGGCUUACGGGCGGGUGAUUUUCUGAUUUCGGUGAACGGAAUGAAUGUAUCCCGAUUACCGCACGAAGCAGUUGUGCAACUGAUUGGGAACACGUACGGGGCGAUAAAAAUGGCCAUCGCAGAAAACUACUAUUCGGACAGUUCGGACGAGGACAUUUUGUUUCAGGGUAGUCACCAAAGAUCACGCCCGAAGUAUCCUCAUCAUAAAACGAAAUGCAAUCGCUCGACGGUGAUGGGAAAGCACACCGACAUGAGCGGAAAUGCUCCAACUGCUGAUUUGGUUGGAACCUGUGAGAGUGCAGCGACUAUAGUUGUGAACGAUUCUCCGACGGCCUACAACGUUAUCCAUAGUCCGAAUGCAAGCAGCAGCUGUGAUAUCUCCAAUGUCAGCGCAAUGGUUCGGUUGAUACAAUUGAAUCAGGACCAAGAGGAAGUGCGAGCUGGGUCGUCGCGAACUCAGCCAGGAUCAGAGAUUUCAUUAGAAUAUAAGGCUGUUGUUGGCUAUCUGGGGACCAUAGAAAUGCCAAAACAGAUUGCUACCAGUUCCAAGUUACAAACCGUUAGAAGUUGCAUCCGAAAGAUGCGUCAGGAAAAGCGCAGUCCUACGACGGUGCUCAUGACAAUACUGCCGUCCUGUUUGAAUCUGAUAAAUACAAGUAAUGCCAUUAUAGCAAAAUAUUCAUCUGUUAGACUUAGUUAUGUGAGUAGUAGUAGCGAGAAUGACAACCGUUACUUUGGUUUGGUUACAUCGGCAAUCUAUGCGGAUGGUCUGAUGUGUGAGAAUUCGGAUAUCCUCAAUCAGCGGAAGGAUGUUGUGAUAUCCAACAGUUGUCAUGUUUUUGUGAUUGAUUCUAAACUUGUGGAACAUGCGUUUCACUCGGAGAAGGCUGAUCUGUUUAAAAUUAUCUGCACAAAGGAUCCUAUCACGAAUCUGUGUUUGGAGUUUCCUGGCAGCUCAGAGUACGUUGUCAGUCUGAUACGCAGUAUGUAUAAUUUGAAAGCUCCAAUCAAACCAGAAGCUGCCCCUUGCAGUAGACCUCCGGUCGCUAGGAGUCUUAAUCUAGACCAAGGAGUGCGUCCAUAUCCGAGGGCAUUGAAUGAUGCACGAAUGAAUGGGCGAGCUAUAGAAGAUCCUCACGAUUUGUUGGCAUCUAACUCACCUCAACCGAGCAAUCACAGUGAGAUCACUACAACUUCCAGCAAUUCUGACUCCGGGAUAGGCUUUCAUAACGACUGUCGAAACAUUUCGGACCGAAUUUUGGUUGUCGAUUUCCCGGGGAUCCCGAAUCAUCAACAGAUAGGCAAUGUGAGAGCACACUUUCGCAAAUCCCAUCCGUUUUGUCCACCCGGCCGACCAGUUGGGAUCAUCAACGAACUACCUCCCAAAUUGGAUCCAAUUCGAAAUAUUCGCUGUACAGGUCGAUCGGAACCAACGCUUCAAAUCUAUCAUGGAAAAUCGAAAUCCGCAGACUACAGUUAUCCGCUGGCCUGUGGCAUUGAUCGACUCACCGUUCGAGCACGACCGGAUCCAAAAAGCUUUAUUUCGGAUCGCUCUCCCAGUAAGGACAACGCUAUAAACAAUCUAAACCAUCAAUCACCGGUGAAAUACGAACAGAUUUACCCCGAUCUACCCAACCAACUGGACGAAUGGACGGCUGGCAAGACGGUGGACGAUCUCGGAAAUGUCGUUCAGGAACGUCCGAUCGAUGUCCCCAAGUUGGAAGAGGUUUUCCACGAUCUGGAACGUUACAAUAGUGAUAACGUUAAAAACAGUCUGCUGGCUGCCCGAUCAUGUGACGAUAUGAUUCUUUCAUUCGAUAAGAAAAUGUUCGAACCCAAAGUUCAGCUUUCCGUCGACGAUCUAACGUUGAUGGCAAAAAAGGAAGCACAUCCGGCCGAAGAUGAGCAUGUGUUCCUGCAACCGGCAAAACCGAUCAAACGUUCGAAGAAAGCUUGUUCGCACAAAAGCUCCAGCAAACAGGGCGGUCCACCGGAUGACGCAUCCAUCGGAUCUUCGUCCAACCGGUCCUCGCAGUGCGGUGGCAACGGUGGUGAUAAACUGUUGUCGUACAAGCUAAGCCCAAAAGUGUUCGGUUUGGCGCGGCCACUAUCGAUGAGUGUGGAGAACGUUUCCUGUGCGGAUGCAACUGCUGAAACGGACGCUGAAAAGGCACGCAAGGACGAGAAAGAGGAGCAAAGUGGUGAACGAAGAAGUCGGCCAUCGAAGAGGCUCAGUGGUGGAUUCUCUGCUAUUUGGGGUAGUUUGCAGGAAUUGCGAUCGGGCUUGAAACAUGAAGACAGUGCGGUGAACACCAAACGAAGUGAUAAGAUGACUAGAAAAGAACAGGAACGACGGCUUAGCGGGCUUAAGAUUCUGGAGGGAACCUACAGUGAACCUGAUCUUCGUUACGAUGAGAACAAGCAAAUCAACCACAAUGCAUCACCAUUCCGACGUUGGGGUCAGUCGUCGCUGCGGUCUCGUUCCGGUGAACAGCGAACACCGAGUGCGUCCCAUCGAAGGCCAUCGUCGUUGGCCGCUUCGGAAAGUGACGUCUACACGAAGUCCAUCGAUGAUGAUUAUAGUUCGACUAAGAGUGGAUACAACCCGUAUACCGAUGCUACCGGUACGGUGACUUCCGUUCAGGCUAGUGAAAGUAGUGGACCGACCGGAGUGGCGUCAUGGGGAACUUCGUUCGAAAAGCUACUAGAGGAUGCGGCUGGAUUACAUACAUUUUCCGAAUUUCUCAAAAAAGAAUUCUCAGCCGAAAACAUUUACUUCUGGACGGCGUGUGAAAGGUACCGUCUGCUUUCGGAUCGCGAGGAACGAGCCAAAGAGGCCCAAGCUAUUUUCGCUAAACAUUUAGAAUCGGGUUGCAGCGAACCGGUAAACGUGGAUUCGAUUGCCCGCAACAUCGCUCAGGAAAAUUUGCCACAAGCGGAGCAAACCUUGUUCGCUGCUGCUCAGAAACAAAUUUUUAAUCUGAUGAAAUUCGACAGCUACCAGCGAUUUAUAAAGUCUGACAUGUACAAGACCUGUUUGGAUUCGGAAACGAAGGGACAGCCUUUACCCUAUCCGGGUGAACAAUUAGAUCCACUAUUACGAACGAGUUUUGCAGUUCAAUUGACAACCAAACUGAAGAAGUCGCUAAGUAAUGCUGAAGAUCGCCGAAGAAAGUCUCUGCUUCCAUGGCACCGCAAGACAAGGUGCAAGUCUAAGGAUCGGGGUGAUGCUGAGAUCAAAAAAGAGAGCGGCAAGUCUACGCUCUCGAAUGGCGGGGGUACCGGAGGUAGCAGCAACACGUUGAAGGUGCUUUCGACUAAUUCCACUAGUGAUAUUCAUAGUUCCAGAAGUUCGCUGGCUAGCUUUGAUGCCGCUAUCGGAAAGUCCUACGAUCAGGAUGACACGCGCAACACCUUGUGUCGUGUGAUUUUAUCCAACGGUGCGACGACGGUAGUCCAGACUCGUUCGAAUGAAACCAUCAAGGAACUGGUCGAGAGGCUAUUAGAAAAGCGAGGGAUUGUGUACAAUGCGUACGAAGCAUUCCUGUCUGGCAAUCACAAACCCCUAGAUCUUGAUGGUCCGUCUUCUAGUCUCGCUGGGAAAGAGGUGAACAUCGAUCAAAGGGUCGUGUUCAAAAUAAGCCUACCCAAUAGGAAAAUGAUUUCAGUAAAAAGUAAGGCUACAAAACCUCUCGGUGAUGUUUUGAGGCCGAUCUUGUUGAAAUACAACUACGAACUAGAUCAAAUGAAUGUCUACUCGAAGGAUGCCUUUCUAGACAUGACCUAUCAGGUGACCAGCGUGGAUGGACUGUGGUUGCAAGUUCGCAAUGGCAAUGAGAAUGAGUUUCAUCAGGAUCUAGCGCGAACGAUAGCUUCGCGGUCGGAAAGGUCAUACGCCAACCAGGUGCCUCCACUUCCUAUUAUCGCAACGGCUCAGCACCAGCAGAUAAUUAAUCAUUUCCAGCAGCAACUGCACACUCAAUCACAAACGCAAUCCCAGCCGCAAAAUUUUGCAUUUCCUUCCAAUGCACCGACCUUUCUGAAUAACAAUAUUACUAAAAAAGGACAAUCGACUGUGUAUGGAGGGUCUUCGCACAAUAAUAACAACAACAAUAACAACCACCUGAAGAGCAAAGAGGACCCGAAGGAUGACAACAACAAACAGGAACUUAAUAUGCUGGAUGAGAUCACGAACAAAGUGUUUAAUGAAUUGAUGAACGGUAAAAUAGCGAAUGGGAAAAUCGCCGAGGAUUGUACGUCGGAUAGUUCUUCGACGCGGAGGGACCGCUUUCGAAGACGAGGAUCGAAUGCUCCAUCGGAAAGUGGACGAGGAGCCAAGAGCAAGAAAUGCUCGACCGGUGGUUCGGAGGAUGGUGGGGAAAGUGUGAACAAUGGUGGUACAAAAAAACCGAUUAUAGCCAAAUUGAAAGCGGGAGUGAAGCUUCAGAUGCCAACUCGUUCACAGAAUGAUGAAUUACUAGAAGGACUUAAACGUGCUCAACGAUCGCGAUUGGAGGACCAGCGUGGCACCGAAAUCAACUUUGAAUUGCCGGAUUUUCUGAAAGACAAAGAAAACUUCACCGGAACUGGAACUAGUAGCUCUGCAACCGGUGUCACAUCAUCGACUGUGCCAGCAUCGUCUUCGAAAUUCGGGCGGAAGUUGGGCAAACGUUCGGAGUAUGUGACAAGCUCAUCGUUGGAGUUUCCGUUAUGCGCUAGCACAAGUGGUGGAUCCUUGCAGCAAAUUAAUAAACCCCAGCCUGCCCCUAGGCUAUCCAUUGCCGGUUCGAGAAGUCUACUGACUAGUGACAGCCGGGGUCCUACAUCUCCGGGGGCACCCGUCCAUUCGACAUCGAGUGAGAGUAACUUGAACAAUCUGUCCAUUCGCUGUAACCCGUCGCCACUGACGCUGGAUGAUAAUGGAAAUGGAUCCCAAUCGGAGAACAGUUACGCGGACACCACAUUGGUCUUUACUCAUGGUCCUGCAAACUCUUGUAAUUCACCGAACGUGUCCCCAUCGUCACACUCGAUUCACCGCACAUCAAACUUCCAUCUGCCUAAUGCGUCCAGUCACGAUGAUCUGUAUGAGCCGGGACAGCAUCCGGGCAAAAGUUACGGCAACGAGGCUCCUGCCGGAAGUUACCAUCGGCAUCACUACCAUCACCAUCAUCAUUCUCAGGUACCACAGAGCUCAUCUCAUCAUCACAAUUUUUCGGCAAGUACUAGCAGUGACAGUGGCAGCAGUAGCGGUACGGGAAGCAGCGGCAGUACCAGUAGCAGUAGUAGCGAUGGUGAGAACCAGAAAGGGCCGCCUCCACUACCGCCAAAGCCGAAGAUCUUACCGAUCAAACCGUCCAACUGGGGCCACACGACGGCGUCGUCGAUAGGCAGCAGUAGCAGUGGUAGCAAUCACAUGAGCACCAGUCUAUGCAAUCUAUCCACCGGAUCAAGCGGAAACGGUGGCCACGGUGGUAGCCAAAAAGGUUUUAGUGGGAAUAAGAGUAUCGGCAAUAGUAAUAAUAGUAAUACUAAUAGUAGUAGGGAAAGACGGUCAUCCGGGCAGGCCGCUGGGACUCAGGAACAGAAGUCUCAGCAGACGAGAAGUGUAUAUUUAGAUCAUGCAAGUAGCAGCUUUGUGUAAUAUAGAAACAUAGAAAAAUAUUAGAUUACAGGAUUCUUCACAGAUGUUUUAUUUGAAGACUUCGCUUGUAAAGUGAAUUUUACUUGUGUGUGCAUACUUUUAUUUAUUGCUCUGUCGAUUUUAAUGUAUUAUAUUUUGAUUGCAGUGUAUAAAAUUAUACUCACAAUAUAGGUUUUUUUUCAAUAAA